CACAGUACCAGACGUCACACAGCAAGGCACUGUGUUCAAAGGGUGCCAUAAACUGUUGCUUUAUUUAAUGUAUUUUCGCAGAACAAGACAGUGACAGGGGCCGUGGCUGCCUGCGUGUGCUGGUUCAAGCUUGGUGCCUGCCGGGAGGUGCCAAGUGCAGUGCCACCAAGGCUAAUAUUGGCAAGAAACCCGCCCACCACUUGUCCAGCCAGCUAAUUUGCACAGUCUGAUGUAACAGGCAGUAACUGUGAUAGUGUUGUUACAUGUCACCCACAACAACAACACAGGGCUGUCAGAUGAGCAUGGCUGACAGACAGCAGGCACUCGGGCCAUCACCACCUGCAUUGCUGUGAAAUGAUUCAUGGCAUUUUGGAGGAGAAACUUUGUUGCUUAAUGAAGAGCAACCUUCUGGGGUGAAUUCUGAAUUACUGAACAUAAAAGAGACAUUGAUACCUAAGUGGAACAACCAUGAAGACCGGCACACCCAGGGACAGGUCAGCAGCCAUGGCAAGACUCCUGCUGCUGCCAUUGGUACUGUUGUUGUCAUUGAGCCUUGGAGGCUUCCCCACCCCUACUCUGGCCCAGGAGGACUGUGAUGGUGCUGAUGUAGUCGUGGAAGAAGGAGAAUUACGCAUCAUUAACAAAAAAGUACAAAGUCACAAUGUCAACCUCAACCUGUAUAUGAAGACAGAGAGCAGUUUUGAGGGCCUCUCUGUUACUAUGGCAGGAACAGAUGGCACUGAAUAUAAUGCCUGGUUUGCUGCAGAGGACAGAUGUUUCGCCCAGAGUGGCAUCUGGUAUGAGCUGCUUGUAUUUUUAAAAAUAAAGAAUGAUACCUCAACUAUUGAGUUCGGGUUUGAAAGUGGAUUAUGCAAGAAGAAGUGCAAGAUAGAGACAACCCUACCAACCCUGCAGAAAUAUACUGUAUUGGCUCACGGCACCUCCCGCUGGACCUUCAGCCAUCCACCCGUAAGCUGUCCCAUUCACAGUCUGAACAUCAUAGACAUUCCCACAGUAAUACCCACCUGCAUGGACCCUCCUCUUCCGACGCCUGCUGCAAACUCUGCUCUGGCACCUGCUCUGACGUCUGCUCCGACGUCUGCUCCAGAGUCUGCACCGAUGUCAGUGAUGACAAUAAUAAGUGUAGCAAUAAUGUGGUUUGCUUGGUGGUGGUAGCAGUGAAGGUCAUAAAGAAGAAAAAUCAUCUGUGGGCUAAAUCAUGAGUACUGUAUUUACCUGUUUGUUCAUGUACAGGAUUGUAUUAGGUUUGCUAUAUUCUUUAUUUCUAACAUAUAUUCCCUUUAAGGAUAUUGAUAUGUUUUAAAGGCCUGAUAAUGAAAAAUUGCAAAGAAUUGAAAACUUACUAAAAAAUCCAAGUGAGAAGACAAUAAGAGAAACGACAGUACCCAGUAUAAGUAUGAGAGCAGGUGGAUGGAGUGUGUUUCACAGGGGAAUUGGUAGGGAGGAGGCAGAGAAAUCAGCUGUUGAAGAGUGACAAAGCUGCAUCUGGCAUGGAGGCGAGGUGAGGCCAGGCCAAACCAAGUGCCAGAUGAGUGUAAGAAGGCUGUUAUUGUACUCUGUAUGAAAGUAAAGGUUGUAGGAAUGAGUGUAAUACUUAUAGGGAGGUAAGUUUGCUUAGUACACUGGGAAAAGUCUGUGGGAGUCUUGACUGAGGGACUGAUGGAAGUGAGUGAGGUGAAACUCAGUGAGGAACAGGUGAUUCCAAAAAGAAGGUUAUGUAUUUGGGAAAAGAGAAAAGUUGUAUUCACUAUCAAGGAUUUAGAGGAAGUAUAGGAUAGGGUGAAUAGGGAAACCCUUUGUGAUAUCCUUAACAUUGAUGGUGCUGGAGGGACAGGGAGAAGUUGGGGACAUUCACAAUAAGGACAGAAGUGAGACAGGGAUGUGUGAUGUGUGUUGUUUGACACAUUUGUGGUCAGCUCUGCAAGGGAGAUGCAAGCCAAGGUAGGAAGCGUUGGUGCAAAGCUGGAACAUAAAGGGCGGGCUGGACUACUGUAGCAUUUCUGUUUACAGGUGGCAUUGGCAAGAAUAAGGUGGUGGUGUUUGAGAGGAGUGGAGUGGUGUGUGUGACUUGAGAACAUUGUGAAAAAUAAGGUGAUGUUAGAGGGGUGGUGUGUGUGUGACUUCAGGAUACCUUACAGCAACCUAAGUGCAUGACCGUUUUUUUUUUAAGGGUACUUUGGAAGUUGUGGGGUGCAUUGAGGGGUACUACAUGACAUCGCCAGUGUGAAUAAGAGUCAUGGCAGAGGAGGGAAUGGAAGUGAGUGAAUAAGUAUCUGGGAACAGUACCAGGUAGACGUGGUGAAAUGAUGGGAGAGAGCAUUGUGAAAAAUAAGCUUGUUGUAGGACCAUUAGCAACAGUCAUAGAAGGGUAAUGUCUUUGGACUUAAAAGAAGGCUAAGGAAUAGUGUUCUGUAUGGCAGUGUGGCAUGGAGAGGGACGUGGUGAGAGGGGCAGAGCAGUGACAGUGUAAGGGAUGUGGUGUGACCUGUAGAGCAAGUGUGGAGUUGCGGAGUGGGGAAAUGGUUCAGGUUGGUCACAGGAGCAGGAAAACUCCCCAAGGACAGGGUAAUACAGAUGGAGGAGCUGUUGGCAGUGCUGCCUGACACACAAACUUAUUACCCGUCAGUGUGUCAGGCAGCAUUGCAAACAGCUCCUGCAUCUUUGUUACCCUGUCCCUGUAGCUGUACCUGGAAAAACCUGGAGGAGGCAAACUAUGGAAACCUGGAUACCACAGUGGCCUUGUGUCCCAGAUAAGGGAUAUUCUAACACAGCUGUGGCCUCGUGUGCCAAGGAAACGGAGAUGAGCGAUGAAGCCACGUGCGGCUUGACACACGGUAGCUUGUUGGUGAAUGAUGUCCGUGUAAGGAUGGUAUUCAAGAGGUUUUCUGUCUCUUGUUGGUCUCAGUGUUGAUAAGUCCCAAUAAGUAUUUGCUAACGUUGCUGUCAGUUUUCCAGGUCUCAGUGUUGAUAUAGAACACUUUCUUGUAAGUUUGAGUAGAAAGUGAGUUUUUCAAAAGUACAUCCCAAUAAGUUUUUGGUAAAGUUGGUGUCAGCUUUCUAUAGCCACCCUUCUGAUAAUGGGGAGCGCCUUCUCUGAUGUCUUCUCUUUUAAUUAUAGAUUUGUGAUUAUUUAUUUAUUCAGACACUUCAUGCAUAGGGGAUUAAAUAAUACAAACCUGCAAAAAAAAAAAAAGUGUUCUUACAAGCUGAAAAUGGUCAGUCUUAUGUUAUUUAUCCCUGCUGAAUUCAGGUCUCAACACUCAUGCCACAACUACUGUGCUGUGAUGACAACAUUCAUUAGGCUGUGUGUGUGUGUGUGUGUGUGUAGCUGGCAAGUGAUUUCUGUCUACUAGUAUAAAGAAGUUGUGUAUUUAUAUUUGUCCAGGUUUCUCUCUCUCUCUCUCUCUCUCUCUCUCUCUCUCUCUCUCUCUCUCUCUCUCUCUCUCUCUCUCUCUCUCUCUCUCUCUCUCUCUCUCUCUCUCUCUCUCUCUCUCUCUCUCUCUCUCUCUCUCUCUCUCUCUCUCUCAUCUGAUGUACAGUUCUAGGCUGUAUCAAUUUUUUUUUUUUUUUUUUUUUUGUCUUCCAAGUAUUUGUGUGUGUGUGUGUGCUAACAGUGAUUCAGUACUCAUAUAAUAGUAUUUACACAACAGUAGGUCAUAGAUGCAUCCUGACUGGUUGAUCCUUGCAUUCAACAUAGGUAUUUGCCACAAAACACACACACACACACACACACACACACACACACACACACACACACACACACACACACACACACACACACCAAUUUAUCACAUGCUGUUGAAAAUGACUGACACAAGAAUUUCCUUCAUAGACCUUAUUACACCAAACCAAACUCCAUCUGGCCAGACAACCUGUGCAAAAGACCUAGCAAGAUAGAGUGAAGUGCAUCCCCCAGCACUGCUCCUCUCCCCCCAUCCGCUUUCUGUGCCUGCCAUAUCUCCCCCUCCCCCUUGUCCCUCCCUCAACACACUUUUUGUAUUGUAUUAUGUGCAAAAAAGUUGUGUUCCUUCCUUGGUGUGGUAUGUCUGAAUGGCCGUGCUGUUUAUUUUGUUGAAAUAUUUCCAUUUAUUUAUUUAUUAAUUUAAUGAACUAUCAUGAAAAAAAGAAGUAAUGCAGGUAACAAAAACCUUGACAAAAGGGAAUUUCAUCUAAAGAAUGUCAUUUAACGUGAAAUCUCAUUUAACGUGAAUCACAGUCAUGAUGUCAUGAUGAUCACCAAGGCCUCAUCACAAGCAGAGCCACAUCCACCAGCUGUUGUUACCCUCUUGUUGCGAGGUCAGAGCUUAUUAUUACCGAUCACUGGGUAAGACUGUGGCCUCACACACCACACAUUCCAUCCCCCUGCUAAGCAGGGACAGUGCCCUGCUUGUCAGUGGAAAAAUCCCAUAGGUGACCAGCCCCUAGUGGGGUUCAAACCUUUGUCAACCAUGGCAGCCAACACAGACUCAGCCCCUUUACCACUGACCCUUAAGGCUGUGUGUGUGUGUGUGUGUGUGUGUGUGUGUGUGUGUGUGUGUGUGUGUGUGUGUGUGUGUGUGUUGUAUGAAAUAAAUUUUGCAAACUUAGUAAAUUUUUCAAGUGGUGUGUGCAUCACUUAGCAAGAUUACAUUUCGUAGUCCUCAGGACUAUGAAAGGACUGGAUUUCAUAGACACCCCUAGUGGGCACCAACAGACUCAGUAGACACCCCUACUGGACACCAACCUUGCAGACUCAGGAGACACCUCUAGUGGACACUAACCUUACAGACCCAGUAGACACCCCUACUGGACACCAACCUUACAGACUCAGUGGACACCUCUAGUGGACACUAACCUUACAGACUCAGGAGACACCUCUAGUGGACACCAACCUUACAGACUCAGUGAACACCUCUAGUGGACACCAACCUGACAGCAAUGCACAGAGGUAGUUGUCACCCAUGUUAUUGCCACAUUCAGAGACAACCCAAGUGGAAUAAGACAGGACGAGUGAUCCUCUCUGUGCCCCCCCUUGGCCGUGCAGAUUCCUGCCACAGCACACAGCACUGCACGUUCAGAAAAAUCCACUUGCGGUAUUGUAUAGCAUGAGGUUUCACAUUAUACUAUACUAAUAUAGAAUAAAUAUGCUCUUUGUAUCUAAAGUGUUAAGUGUAUGUGUGUAAGAUUAAACAAUAAACUAAUGUAAGUACUUGGCAAAGUUUCCAUGUAGUAUCAGUUGAAUUGGCUUAUUUAAAUUGCUUCUGAAGACACUUACGCACUUCCUUUCACUGGUAUUAUAUUUCACUGUGACUUAUCUUUUGUCUUAAACUUCCCUCCAUGUAUUGAGGAAGUGACAUGAGUUUACCAGAACUGUACCUUUAUAGAACUGUAACAAGGCUACAGUUUGUCUUUAUGAAACUUCUAACAUUAGCUUUCUUCCAUCAAUAUAUACUGAAAUUAUUUUAGGAUGAAUAUUCAAGUGUGUAUUUACUGUAUUAUUAGUUACACAUUCUAAUAAUUGCGUAUGUAUUUUGUGCUAUAAGGAACAUAAACAUCACUGAUGGCACGCAUGUCGAUGAUCACGGAUGACGUGUAAACCAGGUGUUGUGGUGGCGGGUGGUGGUGUUCUCGGGUCAGCUGUUGGUUAGUGGGCAUCUUGGACGUUUGUUGAUGUCCUGGUAGUGUCAUGGGUUUGGGGGCUGCACAGGUGUAUUCAUCAAGUGUUGUUUAAUGGUGGUGACAUGCAGCAAAUAUGAAUUGGUUGCAAGGGGGCUGUACAGUAUUUGUUCUUGGGAUUCUGCCGAGUACCAGUGACGAGGCAUUGUCGUGAGUGAUCAUUGUCAUUGUGUUGCUAUCAGUGAUUAUCAUGUGAUAUGUUUAUGUGCCACAUGACUGAGGUGUAUUUGGUAUUGUGAUGGCCAUAAUCUUUAAAACAAAAUGUGAUAUGUGUUUAUUAUGAACUAGUCAGAUAAAAACAAAAUGUGAUAUGUGUUGAUUAUGAACUAGUCAGGUUAUUGUAACUUUGUAUGUUUACUACAGUAUUAUCCACAGGUUGAAAUAAAGGUUAUUUCAACAAGCUGGAUAUUCCUGGGACUAGAGCAACAUUUACUAACUGCUGAUGACAUAGAAGGUACAUGUCACAAAGAGAAAUAGUUUUUCAGAUAUACUAGGUUAAUGAUGGCACUGGCAAUGCACUGUUCUCUUCUUCAGGAGUUUACCAGCUAUCAAGUUUGCUUAGCCACAGCUGUGUACUUCAGCACAGCUCACUAAACACCCCUGAGGUUCAUGCAUCCAUACACCAGAAGAAAUUGUUGGCAAGGGAUUUAGUUCUCUUGUGACCUGAAAUACUGUUAUGCUGGCAAGAAAUUAGAAUACAGCCCUAAAGGUGAUAAUUGCUAUAUAUUAUACAGUAGUCCCUCAAUAAACUGAACCUUGAUAUGCUACAGUUUGGACAAAGCAGACCUGGCACCAUCUGAAUAGCUCUUCAUUAACCAAGCAAAAGUUGUGAAGGCAAACCAUUUACUGGCAAGGCAGUUAACAUGUCAGCUUUUCUACGACGAAUGUGACUAAUGCACUUGGUGGUUUGUUGUCAAGCAGAAGCUGCUCAGGGUGCCAGGUUGAAUGCUUUUCUGCCCAGUUAGGUUGUUUUUUUCACAGACAUUUAGCAGGGAAAAAUGUACAUUGGCUGGCAUUUUUCCCUCAACUCUCUCUCUCUCUCUCUCUCUCUCUCUCUCUCUCUCUCUCUCUCUCUCUCUCUCUCUCUCUCUCUCUCUCUCUCUCUCUCUCUCUCUCUCUCUCUCUCUCUCUCUCUCUCUCUCUCUCUCUCUCUCUCUCUCUCUCUCUCUCUCUCUCUCUCUCUCUCUCUCUCUCUCUCUCUCCCCCCCCUCAUAUCAUACCAAGGUUCCCGCUAAACAUAAAUUUUCCACAUGUAUUAAGUUUAGUAACCAGGGUAAUUUCUGGGAAGGUGACUCCCUUGGUUGGGGGAGGGAUUGGUGUGUCAGCCAGUGCAAGGGUACCUUAAGUACUAGUCAGAUAAGUAGUGCUCUUGAUUUCUUGUGUUCACUUUUAUGAUAAUUACCACUCCUUCACUUGUGCUGUGCCAGUGUCUCAGCUGCUGUGCCAGCUGUGGAUGUGGAGACAGACUUCUGCUGUAGCUCCUUGAUGCACAGAGCACAGCUGUAUGAAGGUGCCAGGUCAGGGGUGAGCAACAUUUGCCUUGUUAAUGCAUUAUUCAAGCUUUUCUUUAUUAUGUGGAGGAUCAACCAUGGUAGCAAGAUUACCUUCUUAAAGAAAUAUUGGUUAAUAUUUUUAUAACAAAUUUGCAGCAUACAGCUAUCCAUGGAGUGGCCUGCCUGCCUGGGCUGGGUGUAUGUGUGUGUAUCACAUUUUGGUCUUGUCAAGUGGCCAGUAUUACAGAUCAAGUUAGCCUCAACAUUGUUUUUAUUUUAGCUUUGAAGUUUGUCAGUGUGUAACAUUCAUGCUUAGUGAAACCACCACAUGCUUUAUAUAACUGAUUCUACCAUUAAAGUACAGUAUUCUGAG